CCCCGGAGGUUACUUCUAUAGUCUACAAUGCGCGUCUUUCUCUACGUUCUGCCACUUGUGCUGGCCUUGGGACAAGCGUCCGCUGAUCCCAAAUAUUGCCUGAAUGAGAUGGUGAAAUCGGAUGAACGCAUACGCUCCCAUGGAUACCCGGCUGAGACCCAUGAAGUCGUCACCGAAGAUGGUUACGUGCUGACCCUCUUCCGCAUUCCUUACUCGCAUAAGCUGAAUAACCAGCACCUGGAUCGGCCACCUGUGCUACUGCAGCAUGGACUGUUCAGCAACUCAGAUUGCUGGCUCUGUUCAGGACCGGACGAUUCGCUAGCUUAUCUGCUAGCCGAUGCCGGCUACGAUGUCUGGCUGGGCAAUGCACGCGGCAACAUCUACUCGCGAAGCAACACUGAGAUGUCCGUGAACAAUCCCAAGUUCUGGCACUUUGAUUGGCAUGAGAUUGGCACUAUCGACAUCGCGGCCAUGAUCGAUUACAUUCUGGAUGAGACGCAGCACAGUCAGUUGCACUAUGCUGGUCACUCGCAGGGCACAACGGUAUAUUUGGUGCUGAUGUCCGAGCGGCCGGAGUACAAUGAGAAGAUCAAGUCGGGUCAUUUGUUGGCCCCGUGCGCCUUCUUUGAACAUGGUGCAUCCCCAAUCUUUACAUUGUUGAGUCCAUUGGUGGGCACACCCGGUGGCAUUUGGAAUCAGGUGUUUGUGGACUCUGAACUGAUUCCGCAUAAUAAUCUAAUCAAUCGCAUUGGGGACACUGCCUGUGGACACGGUAGUCCCUUUGACUCCAUCUGCAAGAACGGAUUCCUAAUGUUCGCCAAUGGCGGCUAUGAGAACAUCAAUCUGACAUCCAUGCAAACUUUGAUUGAAACGCAUCCGGGUGGCUCUUCUGGCAAUCAGGGCAUUCAUUACAUCCAACUGAGCGUUUCGAACAAGUUCCGUCAAUACGAUUGGGGCACCAAGAAGAAUCUUGCACUCUAUGGCCAGGAAUUGCCACCCGAUUAUGAUCUGAGCAAAAUUACUGCCAAGACGCACUCGUAUUCCAGCCACAACGAUGCCCUGUGCGGUCCAGAGGAUGUCGACACAAUGGUUUCCAAGUUCACCCAUCUGACCGAGGAUCAUCGUGUGCCUCUGCAGAGUUUCAAUCACUUGGACUUCAUUGUGGCCAACAACAUGAAGGAGCUGGUCAACGAUUUGAUUGUUGAGAGAAUCAACACGUAUGAAAGUCGCUAAUUAUGUUGACAAAAACGAUUUGUAUUGCAUUCAACCAAGCAUUGCAAAAUAAAUAGUUCGCAACCGAAUGGAGAAUUUAUUGA